UGGAAGAAACCUAUUGGCUGGGAAAAUUAUAAACUUCUUUAAGUGUGACAGGUGUGACAUUUGUCAUUCGGUCUGCGGUGUGUAUCUUCCAAACGUUUUUUAAAUUUUUCUGGUUAGUUCAUCGGUACAAAGUGUUCCAAUCGCAAAAUGAUAACCGAUCUAGAUUUCCCGGAGGAAGACAUACCCUACGAGGAAGAGAUACUUCGAAAUGCGUACUCCGUCAAACACUGGCUUCGUUACAUUGAACACAAAAAGAACGCUCCCAAGAACGGUGUUAACAUUGUGUACGAACGAGCUCUGAAAGAACUGCCCGGAUCCUACAAAUUGUGGUACAAUUAUCUGCGUGUGCGAAGGAAACAAGUUCGCGGCAAAUGCAUCACCGACCAUCAGUACGAGCAGGUAAAUAAUGCAUUCGAACGUGCCUUGGUGUUUAUGCAUAAAAUGCCACGAAUCUGGAUGGACUAUUGCUCGUUUAUGACGACACAAUGCAAAAUUACCCGUUCCCGACACAUAUUCGACCGUGCGUUGAGAGCGCUGCCCAUCACUCAACAUCAUCGCAUCUGGCCGCUGUAUUUGAACUAUCUGAAAGCUUUCGACAUCCCGGAAACGGCAGUGCGGGUCUAUCGUCGAUACUUGAAAUUGUUUCCCGAAGAUGCUGAGGAAUACAUUGAGUAUUUGACCGAAGUGGGUAAAUUGGAUGAGGCGGCACAACAGUUGGCCAAUGUUGUAGACAACGAGAAUUUCGUCUCAAAACAUGGCAAAUCCAAUCAUCAGCUGUGGAACGAAUUGUGCGAAUUGAUUUCAAAGAAUCCGGACAAAGUUCAUUCGCUGAAUGUCGACGCAAUCAUUCGAGGUGGAUUGCGACGUUACACGGAUCAAUUGGGACACCUGUGGAAUUCGCUGGCUGAUUAUUAUGUUCGUAGUGGAUUGUUCGAUCGAGCACGGGAUAUCUAUGAAGAGGCCAUACAAACGGUCACCACUGUCAGGGACUUUACGCAGGUCUUUGAUGCAUAUGCACAAUUCGAAGAGUUGAGUUUGAGUAAAAAAAUGGAGGAUGCAGCGAAGGAAGAGGACGUACCAGAGGAAGUCGAAGUUGAUAUCGAGUUACGAUUAGCACGUUUCGAAUAUCUGAUGGAGAGACGAUUGUUGCUGCUGAACAGUGUGCUGUUAAGACAAAAUCCCCAUAAUGUACCCGAAUGGCACAAACGCGUGCAAUUGUAUGAAGGCAAGCCACACGACAUCAUAAAUACAUACACCGAAGCCGUGCAGACUGUCCAACCGAAACUUGCCGUUGGCAAGUUACAUACACUGUGGGUGGAAUUCGCAAAGUUUUAUGAGAAAAAUGAUCAAUUGGACGACGCGCGAGUUGUCUUUGAAAAAGCUACACAAAUCGAAUACAUGAAAGUGGACGAUCUGGCGGCUGCAUGGUGUGAAUGGGCUGAAAUGGAAAUUCGUCAGGAUAAUUACGAAUUUGCACUGAAACUAAUGCAGAAGGCCACAGCCAUGCCGAAACGGAAGGCUGCUUAUCACGACGACAAUGAAACCGUUCAGAUGCGAGUCUAUAAAUCGCUGAAGCUUUGGUCAAUGUAUGCGGAUCUGGAAGAGAGUUUCGGUACCUUUAAGACGUGUAAGGCGGUGUACGAUCGCAUACUGGACUUGAAGAUUUGUACGCCACAAAUUAUAAUUAACUACGGUCUGUUCCUGGAAGAGCAUAACUACUUUGAGGAGGCAUUCCGUGCGUACGAGAAAGGCAUUUCGCUGUUUAAAUGGCCCAAUGUUUUCGACAUUUGGAACACUUACUUGACCAAGUUUCUGAAGCGUUAUCAAGGAGCUAAAUUGGAACGUGCCAGAGAUUUGUUCGAACAGUGCCUGGAGAAUUGUCCCCCUGAUUUGGCCAAAUGUUUCUAUUUGUUGUAUGCCAAACUGGAAGAGGAACACGGGCUGGCCAGACAUGCAAUGGCCGUGUAUGAACGCGCCACAACCGCUGUCAAACCAGAAGAAAUGUUCGACAUGUUCAACAUUUACAUCAAAAAGGCUGCCGAAAUUUACGGUCUUCCGCGAACCCGCCAAAUUUACGAAAAAGCCAUCGAAUGCCUGCCGGAAGAGAAAUCGCGUGAAAUGUGUACUCGUUUCUCCGAAAUGGAAACGAAAUUGGGCGAAAUCGAUCGAGCCCGCGCGAUCUAUGCUCAUUGCAGUCAAAUGUGUGAUCCGAGAAUCACUUCCGAUUUCUGGCAAGCAUGGAAGGACUUUGAAAUCCGGCAUGGCAACGAGGACACGAUGAGAGAAAUGCUGCGAAUCAAACGAAGUGUUCAAGCCACUUACAACACUCAAGUCAACAUGAUGGCAGCACAGAUGAUGAAUUCGGGUGUGGGUGGAACGGUUGCCGACUUAGCACCAGGUGUAAAGGAUGGCAUGCGUUUGUUGGAAGCGAAAGCUGCUUCGAUGGCCGUCAAUAACAUGCCACCACCGGCGGUACCAGCUGCCAAAGGUGGAAGCAACAUCAUGUUCGUUCGGGGAGAGACUCAAGGACUGCCCGAUAAGGCGAAAGUGUCGAAUCCGGAUGAGAUUGAUAUUGAUGACGAGAGUGACGGUGAUGACGACGAUGGAAUGGAUGGUGACGAAGAGGAGGAUGUGAUGAAGAAAAUUCAGAUUGAGACGAAAAUGGUGCCCAGUAAAGUGUUUGGAGGAUUGAAGAAGAAGGACGACAAUGCGGAUGAAGAUGAGGAAGAUUGAAUGACGUGUACACAUUGAGUUGAUGCAUUAAAAGGUAAAGGAAUUUUACAGAA